GAGUAUUCAUGGACAGCCGUACAUAGACCAAGGGAGGAAACUUUUCGCGUCUCGUUUUGAUUUCGCGGGUCGUCACAGUGGCAGCCAUUUUGAGAAGUCGGGAAGAAGAAAGAGGAGACGUGCCUUUAGAAUUGAUGAGGAAAGUCACAAUAUACAAUUUCAUUUAGUUUGAACUUGACUCUUAUUUAGUUCACAAUGACUAGUUUAUAAUGCUGAAUUCAUUAAGUGAACAGAUUUAAGUUUUAUUCCUUUUACACGUUACUGCAUGACUGUAGAACAGUCUGUUGUGUCUGGUUUUUAACCAUAAAGACCAGAAAUAAUUCACAUGUGAGGAAGAGAAGAGCGACUUCUAUGCGAGGAAGUGUUGCUAUUUGGGGGUUAUAUAGAGUUUCACCAUCGGGCAUCAAGAUUUCGAAGGAGAAUCAUGCCUGUUGAAAGUCGAGCACGGGUGUACGCAGACGUUAAUGCGCACAGAUCGAAAGAAUAUUGGGAUUAUGAAGCACACGUUGUAGAAUGGGGUCAACAAGAUGAUUACCAGAUUGCCAGAAAAUUAGGUAGAGGAAAAUACAGUGAGGUGUUUGAAGCAGUCAACAUCACCAACAAUGAAAAAUGUGUCAUCAAAAUUCUGAAGCCAGUUAAAAAGAAGAAAAUAAAGAGAGAAAUAAAGAUUUUAGAAAAUUUGCGAGGAGGAACAAACAUCAUCUCAUUGUUGGCUAUAGUGAAAGAUCCUGUGUCAAGAACACCAGCUCUUAUAUUUGAGCAUGUAAAUAACACAGACUUCAAGACUUUGUAUCAAACAUUUACAGACUAUGACAUUAGGUUCUACCUAUAUGAAUUACUCAAGGCAUUAAACUACUGUCACAGUAUGGGAAUCAUGCACAGAGAUGUCAAACCACAUAAUGUCAUGAUAGAUCAUGAAAAUAGGAAGUUAAGAUUAAUAGAUUGGGGUCUAGCAGAAUUUUAUCAUCCAGGCAUGGAAUACAAUGUUAGGGUUGCCUCAAGGUACUUUAAGGGGCCAGAACUUUUAUUAGAUUAUCAGAUGUAUGAUUACUCCCUAGACAUGUGGAGUUUGGGAUGUAUGUUUGCUAGUAUGAUAUUCAGGAAAGAGCCAUUUUUUCAUGGGCAUGACAAUUAUGAUCAGUUGGUACGAAUAGCAAAAGUUCUAGGAACAGAUGAACUCUAUUUAUACAUACAAACCUACCAAAUAGAUCUAGACCACAGGUUCAAUGAUAUACUAGGAAGGCAUUCAAGGAAAAGGUGGGAAAGAUUUGUGCACAAUGAAAAUCAGCACUUAGUAAGCCCUGAAGCCUUAGAUUUUCUAGACAGACUUUUACGAUAUGAUCAUCAAGAACGUCUCACAGCAAAGGAAGCCAUGGAUCAUGCAUACUUCUACCCAAUAGUGAAAGAACAAGGAAGGAUGUCUUCAAUGUCUGGACAGUCUCCCACCCCCAUGUCAAAUGCAGGGCAAAUGGGAGGAGGUGCCGCCAUUAACAGCUCUUCUGUCGCCGCGGUGACCAGCUCGCCGGCAUUAACUCCCACCAUGUCACCGCUUCCCGCCAGUUCCACCACUGCACAGUCCUAGCCCAGCCUCUGACAUUCUACUGACACUUAAGCUACAGCUUAUCCUGAUCUCCAGGACGGGAAACUUGUAUUCUUACCUAGAUCUAUUGUACAGCAGAUAUUUUUUGAAACAUGUACUACCAUUUUCAGUGUGUGUGAAACGGGGAAAUUUAUCUCAUGGAAAGCAACUUCCCCUUCAAGUAACUGUGUUUAAUGUAUAAACACCAUAACAUAAAUGUGAUAAGCAUACAUGUAGUGGUAUAUUUGUGUCUCCAGUGAAGCCUAGCGACAUCGAGUGACUUUGUCUGUCGUCUGUUGCACUCUAUAACUUUUUGAAUUAGGACUUUAACGAUUAAGCAUGCGUGUUACUGGUUCGAGGGCCAUGAUUAAGGAAGCCAUCUCGGUCAACACGCAUGUUCUUUGGAACACUAGUGUACCCUCGCCAAUUUGGUAUUUACCGUAUGUUUUAGGCAACUUGAAAAUUUUUGUAAACUUGUGUAUAACACUUAAGAGCUUUCAGAUGUGAUGGAUAUCACUACAUUUGUUCAGUGAAUCUGCAAUGGUGCAUGUUUUCCAUGGUGCAUUUCCUAAUGGGAAUGGAUGUCAAUCAAAAUCUCGGGUCUCAUGUCAUGCCUAUGUCUAGCGAGUUGCGGUCAUCCAUCUCUUUGUAGCACUGGUAGAACAUGCAUUAAUGGAACCUUUUCAUUAAAGAUGAUGAUAGUUGGUCUGGUUCAUUUAUAAGUCCUAAAACACGGCAAUUUUCUGUGAUGUUUUUAAUCGGUUAGAAUGUUAAUGGGCCAAUUUGCUCAUAUGGAAUGAUUCUACAAUAAAGCAAGGAUUUGAUUUGAAUUUGUCAACUUGUACAAUAGUUGUCUUUAAAAGUGUUUGCAGUAAAUAGUGGCAACUUGAUUGAAAAUUGUUAAAUAUAUUCUUUAUAAAUGUUGAGAUGUCAACAUUGUUUUGUAAAAAUGUGUUUGGCAUGACCAUCAGCAAGCUGCAAUAUGUCAUUUCCCAUUUUUCUUUUUUAUCAUUUUUUUAAUAUACCCUUUGAAAUGACUGUAUUGCUUGAACCCUCACUAAAUAGUGUCAUGAAAAAUAAUUAGUACUUUUUGAAAAAUUUAAUGUUAUGUAGGUACUGUACAUGAUAUUUUGGGCUGGUAUAGACUGUUUCAGGACGGUAUAAACUAGUUCUCUCGGGCAUGCUAACUGAGGUCUCUUCUGUUCAUGAUGAAAUCAUAAAAUAUUCUGGAUCAUCUUACUUGUAGAAGAAGAAGAAAGUGGAAAAUAGUGACCGUAAUGAAAUUGAAGUGUGUCAUGGGAGAAAUAAAACUGAUAAUGAAUAUUUA